AUGUCUAACUAUCCCAACUAUUAUCCACCACCUAGCCCUCCGCCUGGCACCAAUACGAACCAGGCCCCGGCAGGUUAUCAUCCAUACUAUCAGGCACAUCCCGACACACCUCCACCCGGUUACCAACAACCCAUCUAUCCACCUGCACCAGGACCUUCUGGCCUGCAUGGACCACCAAUCUACUACCCUCGUGUAGGCUUCACCAAACUUUCCGCCAAGUUCCAUAUCUGGAAUGUCAUGACCAGCGGCGGCACCAGUUGUCUCCAGCUUGGCGCUCAGCUCAAUGGCACAGUAGCCUACUCUGCAAAGAUGUUCUCUAGCAGCAGGCUCAAGAUCAAAGAGGGUCCAUAUGCAUCUGAGAAUUUGCCUAUCUGUACUAUAGAGAGUCGGCAUACUUUCAGCAGCAAAAGUACCAUCACCUUUGAUGGCUUUCAAGCAAACUUCGUGGAGACGAGUAUGUUUAACGAUGGCGCAACCUGGCCGUUUGAUGUCGAGGUCAAUGGUACCUCUCAGAGGUGGCAGUGGAGAAAGAAGAAGGCACAACAAACAUCAACACUGAGACAGAUAGUUAAAGCCUUUUCCGAGAGUGACUUUGGAAGCUGGGAGCUUGUCCCUGUUUCAGGUCAAGGCUGGCCUAUCGCCACCUUUGAGGCAUCUGGAGGAAACACCUUUGAGGAUAACGCAGCACUUGGCGUAUUUGAGUUUCACGGACCGGCAGCUGUUGGCCAGUUGGGUGAUAUUUUUGCAAAUGUAUCUAUCGCUAUCCUGCUGCGCAUUAUAUCUCAACAUUACAUCAGUAGAAUUGCGGCGUUGGCAGGCUCAUAG